GUCUCCUUCUGUCUCUCUUCAGCUGGUCUCUUUUGUGCAGCGGGACCCUCAUACGAAGCUGCCCUACAUAAGGACAGAAGAGCAAAGGAAUCUUGUCUUCCCAGGUUCCCUUCUGCUUUUGGUUCUGGUUGUCAUAGGGAACUAUCAUUCCCAGAAAGGCUUGCGAGCACCAUAGGGCUCAACCAUACCUUUUCUAGGCAUCUAGGAAAACUGCGAAACGCGAGAUUCAACAGGGGCUCCCCUUUCCUUCCGAUUUCCCCCCGCUGGAAAGAGACCUGAGGAUGUCAACAGGAAAGGCAUAAUCCUCCUCCUCCUCCUUUUGACGUGAAAUCCAACCACUCAUCUGAAGGGAGGAAUUCUUCUGCAGCGUGCCUAUGGCUACCUUUCACGCUUCUCUUCUUUGGAAUCCCAAUUCUAUUGAGGUGAUGCAGGCGCUCCCUUGCGGAUGAAGGGCAUCUCCUGCAAGGUGCAGGCUUUCCCCAUUCUGCCCCUGUACCUGGGAAUGCCUCUGCGGCAGCAGAGAUCCCGAGUCUCCUUUGAGGAGGUAGCCGUGUUCUUCACAACGGAGGAAUGGACUCUCUUGGAUCCAGACCAGAAAAAACUCUACUGGGAAGUGAUGGAGGAAAAUCAUAAGACUGUGGUCUCUCUUGGUGCAGAUCUGAGAGACAUACUGAGUAAGAAGGAACCAGGAAGAGUGGUUGUGGAAAGAGAUGAAGAUCCGGAAGUGGAAGCAAAAUCAGGGGAUCAAGUGGUAUCAAAGAGACAUCAGAGAAGGAAUAAAGAAACAAAAGAGAAGCAGAUGGAGGAACUGGCUGCCUAUCAGAGCAGGAAAAUCCCUGAGGUUCCAACCCAAGGUAAAAUACAGACAAGAAAGGGAAAGCAAAAUCAUUCUGUCAAUGCAAAAGGGUUCAGCUACAAAUCCAACAGUAAAAAAUAUCAGAGUAUUAAAACAUCUUCCAAAACACAUAAAUGCUUUGAGCGUGGAAACGGCUUUCACUGGAGGAAUGAAAUUGACAAGGUUGAAAACUCAAAUAAAUGCUUAGAGUGUGGAAAGAGCUUCUUUCAUUAUAGCUAUGUAAUUGCACAUCAGAAGAUUCACAGAGGGGAGAAGCCAUAUAAAUGUUUGAAGUGUGGAAAGCGCUUUCCUUGGAGAACCACCCUAAGUAGACAUAAAAAGGUUCAUACAGGGGAGAAGCCAUACAAAUGCUUGGAGUGUGGAAAGAACUUUUCUCAGAAUGGCAACCUAAUUAAACAUCAAAAGAUUCACACAGAGAAGAACCCAAAAAAAUGUUUGGAGUGUGGAAAGAACUUCUCUCAUUAUGGCAACUUAAUUGCACAUCAGAAGAUUCACAGAGGGGAGAAGCGAGGGGAGAUGCUAGGGGAGAAGCAAUAUAAGUGCUCAGAGUGUGGGAAGAUCUUCAGACAUAAGGACAAACUUACUUUACAUCAGAGGAUUCACACAGGGGAGAAGCCCUACAAAUGCUUAGAGUGUGGAAAGAGCUUCUCUCGGAAACCCACCCUAAAUAGACAUCAAAGGGUUCACACAGGGGAAAAACCAUAUAAAUGCUUAGAGUGUGGGAAGAGCUUUUCUCAGAACGGCAACCUAAUUAAACAUCAAAAGGUUCACACAGGGGAGAAGCCAUAUAAAUGCUUGGAGUGUGGAAAGAGCUUCUCAGAGAAAGCUGCCCUAAGUAGACAUCAAAAGGUUCACAAAAGGGAGAAGCCAUUUAAAUUCAUCGAGAGUGGAAAGAGUAUCUCUCAGAAUGACCAUCUAACUGCACAUCAAAUGGUUUACACAGGGGAGAUGCCAUAUAAAUGCUUAGAAUGUGAAAAGAGCUUCUUUUGGAUAAACCAAUUAACUGCACAUCAAAAGAUUCACACAGGUGAGAAACCAUAUAAGUGCUUGGAGUGUGGAAAGAGCUUCUCUUAUAAUAAGAACCUAACUAAACAUCAAAAGUUUCACUCGGGGGAGAUGCCAUAUAAAUGUAUGGAGUGUGAAAAGAGUUUUUCUCGGAAUGGCCAACUAACUGCACAUCAAAGGAUUCACACAGGGGAGAAGCCAUAUAAGUGCUUGGAGUGUGGAAAGAGCUUCUCUUAUAAUAAGAACCUAACUAAACAUCAAAAGUUUCACUCGGGGGAGAUGCCAUAUAAAUGCAUGGAGUGUGAAAAGAGUUUUUCUCGGAAUGGCCAACUAACUGCACAUCAAAGGAUUCACACAGGGGAGAAGCCAUAUAAGUGUUUGGAGUGUGGAAAGAGCUUCUCUCAGAAUUCUGCCCUAAGUAGACAUCAAAGGGUUCACACAGGGGAGAAGCCAUAUAAGUGUUUGGAAUGUGGAAAGAGCUUCUUUUCUAAUAAAAACCUAACUAAACACCAAAAGGUUCACAAUGGGGAGAAGCCAUAUAAAUGCAUGGAGUGUGGGAAGAGCUUUUCUUGCAAGAGCAACCUAACUGUACAUAAAAAGGUUCACACAGAGGCCAAAGUGUACAAAUGCUUGGAGUGCGGGAAGAGCUCUCAGAACGGCACUCUAAAUAAACAUCACACAGGGGAGAAGACGUAUAAAUGUUUGGAGUGUGCAAAGAACGUCACUGAGGACAGAAGCCUUACCUUACACCACAAGGGUCACACAGGAAUAGCCAUCGAAUCUCAGCAUGUGGAAAACCAGUUACAGUUGUUCACCUUGCCAGUUUUUUGCCAAGAUGUUUUUUAUGGUAGCUUAAUGAGGCUCACCCCUGUGCCCAGUCCCCUCCUUUUUGUCCCUUCACCCUCUUUCCUUUUCCUCAAAGAUAUAUCUGUAGCAUCACUCUGA